CAUAUACUCGUAAGUCUACAGGACACUUUAUUUUUGUUUCUCCCAUGUAGUAAUUUCAACAACUUUCCUAACUGCAUGAAAGUAUCAUUUGUCUUUCAGAAAAGAGCCUCAUUGUUGAAGGAAAGAGAGAGAAGAAAAAAGUAGAAAGGUUGACAAUGCAGGUGUCAUCAUUACAGAAGGAACCUUUUACAAUUACACCAGGAAAGGGUCAAAAACUUUGUGAAAUUGAAAGAAUACAGUACUUUUUAAGCAAGAAGAAAACUGAUGAACUUCGAAAUUUGCAUAAACUUCUUUACAACAGGCCAGGCACGGUUGCUUCGCUGAAAAAGAAUGUAGGACAGUUCAGUGGCUUUCCAUUUGAAAAAGGAAGUGAUCAGUACAAGAAAAAGGAAGAAAUGCUGAAAAAAUACAGAAAUGCAAUGCUAAAAAGCAUAUGUGAAGUUCUUGAUUUGGAAAGAUCAGGAGUUAACAGUGAACUGGUAGCAAGAAUCUUAAACUUCCUAAUGCAUCCGAAACCUUCAGGCAAGCCAUUACCAAAAUCCAAGAAAACACCCAACAAAGGUGGUAAAAAAGAACGUAGUAGCUCUGGAACAGCACGGAAAGCCAAACGAACCAAAUGUCCUGAAAUCCUGACAGAUGAAUCUAGUAGUGAGGAAGAUGAAAAGAAGGAGAAAGACGAAUCAUCUGAAGAAGAUAAAGAAAGUGAAGAAGAGCGACCUAAAAAGUCAACAAAAAAAGAAAAACCCAAACGAAAAGUAACUUCAAAAAGCAAAAAGGGCUCAAAAAAUGCUAAUGUCAAAAAAGCAGAUAGCAGUACAACCAAGAAGAGUCAGAACUCUUCCAAAAAAGAAAGUGAAUCUGAGGAUAGUUCAGAUGAUGAGCCUUUAAUUAAAAAAUUGAAAAAGCCACCCACAGAUGAAGAAUUGAAAGAAACUGUGAAGAAACUACUUGCUACCGCAAAUUUGGAGGAAGUUACCAUGAAACAAAUUUGUAAAGAGGUAUAUGAAAACUAUCCCAGUUAUGACUUAUCUGACAGAAAAGAAUUCAUCAAAAAGACAGUGACGGAGCUCAUUUCAUGAUCUAAUGGGAAGAAAAUGAAGGCUGCAGACUUGUUCCCUUGGAUUUAAAUAUUUUACAAAUACCAGCAAAAUGUAAACUUUGUUAUUUUUGUUCUGACUUUUAUUUUGCUCUUUGGUAUAACAUAGUAUUAGUCAGAGAUGACUCUAUUGACUUAAUGUUCUGAGUGUUAAUGGGGAUUACCAACUUUUUUAAAAAAUGAGUUUAAUAGUUCAUAAAUUUUGCAUGGCAGUACAUGUCCCCUGCUUUUACUUUGUACAACAUGUUUCUUUGUAAAAGCAGUUACAUAGCUAUUGUAGGUUUUAGUGUUUGUAAUGUAGAGAUUUUUUUAAAAGAACAAUUAAUAUGAAAGCUGUUGUAUUAGUACAUACACAUGCAGAGACUGUCAGAUACUGCAGUAUUGGGCAUUACAUUUAUUUUGAAUACAUACCCGUUCUCUAUCAGGAGCAAGUCACAUGCCCUGACUAGAAGUGCUGUUAUGUUUUACUACCUUGCAUGUGUAUACAACUGAUAUUGUCGUAAAGCAUGAUCAAUCAGAUAGAUAUUAUUUUUGUACUUUUAAGAGCUUUUGUAUAUAAGCUUGAUUUGGAUUCCUUUGCUUAAAACCAGGUUAAGAAAGAAAAGAAAAUGUGUUUUAGAAGAUUUAUGACCAGUAUCAGUGUUUAUGAAUCAAGUUGUGAUUAAGUAGGAAGUAAGUAUAACCACCAUAUAAAUGAUAAGGCAAUUGUUUUUUGUAAGGAAUUUCUUAAUUGCACUCAUUUUUCAGUGUUUAACUGAGUGCAGAGGAUUAUAGCUCUGAAGGCUUAAGGUGAUAUCCUAUACUGCUAAUACAUAGGAAAAAUAAAUAUGAUUUUGAAUUCUAAAAUGUCUUUUCCAAGGUGGGUAAUAAUAAAGAUUUCAGAGUAGAGUAUUGAUCAUUUAUGUGGUAUCAAAUAAAUAGUUUAGUAUUCUUUAGUGUAUCUACAUCCUUGUUUUGGACUUUCAGAAUCUGUGAACGGGAGGAUACACUUAAAUGCAUCAAUCUUAGGCACCUACUGCUUAGUAUGAUACUCUAAAUUAAAAUCUCAAUUCUGCAAAUAAUUGUUCCUGAAAUUUUUAUUCAACUCCAGAAUUAAGUACCUGUUCACCAAAAUCCUUUAAGGAGUCAGAUGAUCAUGCGUUAAAAUUUCCAACAAAUGCCAAAUAAAUAUGUGUCAUAAUGUGAAGUCAAGUGUAACUAAUUUCUCCAUGACUGUAUUGAUUAAAAUGACUGCGGGUUUUAAAUAAUGUAUUAAUAUGUAGUUGAGGAAUCAGAUCAUAGAUCUAUAUUCUGAAAAUAUUGUUAACUGAUUGAUCUCUAUCAUUUUUACCACUUUCUUUGCAUGCAAUCAUUUUUAUUGUAACAGUUUUGUAUUCAAUAAAUGUCUUUAAGGAAAAUGUAUAUUGAUAUUUUAAUACAUGUACAGUAAAACUUGAUACACAAUCAAA